UCUUCUCCAUUCCUCCCAAGUCCCACCAUAAUAGUCUCCCGCCGCCCUCUUCCGUCCGUUCGUAGUCGCACCGUGCGCGCAGCUCCGGCCGCUCCGCCGUCGCACCGCGCGGCGGCUCUGUUCCUUCAGUCGUUCGAACCUUCCUGAGCGUAUCAAUCUCCGCCCUCGCAUCCCCGUCGCUCCCUCUCUUUCCCUUGCUUUCGCGCGAGAUUGUCCGAGAAAUCCCCAAAAUCGUCUCUCAUUAGCUCCACUCGCAGUCCAUUUUCUGCUGCAAUGGCGUACGAAGGAGGCAACCUCAAGUCUACCUCUAUCAAUGGGGUGAAACUCUACACCGUAGCAUCCCAGCAACGGUCUCUUGCUACUUGGCUCGAUCCUAAGAAGAUGCGAGCUCUGCGCAAAGACAAGGAUUAUACAUCAAGGGUGGACUUGGUCCAGGAUUUGAGGUUUGAAAUUGCAACAAGCAAAAUAAAGGCAACACCUGAUGGAGAGUUUCUAAUAGCAUCAGGUAUCUAUCCACCACAAGUUAAAGUUUAUGAGCUGAGGGAACUCUCAUUGAAGUUCAAAAGGCACUUUGAUUCAGAGAUAAUUGACUUCCAGAUACUGGAUGACGAUUACUCAAAGCUAGCAUUUAUGUGUGCUGAUCGUUCUAUUGUUCUCCAUGCUAAAUAUGGAAAACAUUAUAGUUUGCGGAUACCAAGGGUGGGAAGGGAUAUUGAAUUUGAUUACUGGUCUGCUGACUUGCUUUGUGCUGCAUCCUCUCCUGAUGUGUACAGAAUCAAUUUGCAACAGGGGCGAUUUCUUUCACCUCUCAACACUGAAUCCUCAGCAAUAAAUGUAGUUUCUCGAAGCAAGAUUCAUGGGAUAGUUGCUUGUGGGGGUGAAGAUGGAGCUGUAGAGUGUUUUGACACUAGAACUAAGUUAUCUUCAAUUGGUAGAAUUGAUGCUGUUGCACCUGCGGGAGACAAGGCCCAGGAGGUCACUGCAUUAGCAUUUGACGACAUUGGUGGAUUCCAAAUGGCUGUUGGCAGUAGCUCAGGAAAGGUCUUGAUCUACGAUUUGCGUUCAUCAGUUCCCAUAAGAAUUAAAGAUCACAUGUAUGACAGUCCAAUUUUGGACAUUAAAUGGCAUUCAACUCUUAAUUCGGAAAAACCGAAAAUGAUUACCACUGACAAGCACAUUGUUAGGAUUUGGGACCCAGAUACUGGAGAAGGAAUGACAAGCAUCGAGCCCACACUUGGACCAAUAAAUGACACGUGUGUAUUCAAAGACAGUGGAUUGAUGUUACUUGCUUUGAAUUCAAGUCAAAUACCUUCUUACUUUCUACCUGCUCUGGGACCUGCACCAAAGUGGUGCUCUUAUUUGGAGAAUUUGACGGAGGAGUUGGAGGAGGGUGCACAAACAACAAUAUAUGAUGAUUUCAAGUUCUUGACAAAAGAAGAACUUGAGAGGCUAAAUUUGACAAACCUGAUUGGGACCAAUCUGCUAAGAGCUUACCUUCAUGGUUUCUUUAUUGAUUAUCGUUUGUAUAAAAAGGCAAAAUCACUGGUGGAUCCUUUUGCAUAUGAUGCGUACAUAGAACAAAGGAAAAAAGAGAAACUAGAUGAGGAGCGUGCCAACCGAAUUACGAUGAAAAGGAAAUUACCCAAAGUUAACAGGCGCCUUGCAAAUCAAAUUCUUGAAGACGAAGAAGCUGAAAAGGAAAAGAAGGAUGAAGACACUGAAAAGGAAAAGAAGGAUGAUGUCAAUAAGACUAAGAAGGCAUCAAAGAAGAAGAAAGGUUUCAGUAGCGAAAUCUUUCAAGAUGAACGUUUUUCAAAUAUGUUUAAAAAUGAGAACUUCGAGAUCGAUGAGUUUUCACAAGAGUAUCUUGCGCUGCAUCCAGUGUCUUCUACGAAGCAACCAUCUUUGGUGGAAGAGCAUUUUGAACCUGUGUCGGAGGAUAGUGAUCAAAGCAUAAGUAAUUCUGAUGCCUCAGUUGCAUCCGAGUCCGAAGAUGAACCUGGCAGUGGUAAACAUAAGAAAGCACGAGUUCCGAAAUUGUAUGAGGUUAAGGAUGAAAGGCAUGCUGAGGCAUUCUGGAACCGUGUAUCGCUUGCCAAGGAGAACAGGCUCACCAUGGAGGAGAGAGUUGCUGCUAUGGGAGACAAUAAACGGGAUUCUGGUAUUCUUAAUGAAGUUAAAUUGGGACCAGGAGGGUCGCGAGAGAUUUCAUUUAGGCCCAGAAGCUCGGCCAGGUAUAAGGAAGAUGAUGAUGAUGAAGGCCCUCGUAAGAAGAACAUGAGGAGCGCGGAAUUUGCAGGUUCAAAGGGUAAAUCAGGUGUUCGAGGUCGAAUGAGACCUGGCCAAAGCAGAGGCAGAGGCAGAGGUAGAGGUAGAAGAGGCCACAGGUGAAUGUUCACACUGUUGCAUCUUAUAAAGCAAAAUAUAUCAAAGUUGCAGCCUAAUUCACCAAUUUAGUCACAUAUAAGGGAUAGCUGAGGAAAAUAGCAGAGCGUAAACGUCACGACGCAUGUUCGGAGAGUUCAUCUGAUCCAUGAGAAGAGUUUUGAAGCUGUAAAUUUUGUUAGUUUGGUAGGUUAUGUUUCACUUAAAUGAGUAGGAGAGCUUGUCAUUUCUAUUUACAGAGGAAACAAAUAGGAUGCACACUAGAGGAUCCAAUUGAAACAAUAUGAUCAUCAAUAGAACGAAUAGUAUAUAGAAAAAUUUUGUGAUUCAAAGAUGUGAUUUAUGUAUUGAUUUUUGUUUGAUUA